CUCCGAACGUACCGUCCCUCCUGUUUAAAACAUCCGGAGGUUUCAGUCUGUUUGCUGCCAACGUGAGGAGAUAAUUUACGUGUCAAAUUAAAAUAAAAUCUGCUCGUUUCUUCGCGUCGAUGAAAGAAAAUAAACCGAAGUGAGUGAAGCGGCUGAUUUCAGGAUGGAGCUUUCAUCUUUACUCCAUGACCUUCAUCUCUCCUCCUCAGAGAAGCCCCUCCCCUCUCCUCCUCUCCCACCAAUCACAGAGCUCCUGUCUCGGCUGCAGGAGAAGCUGAUUGGUGCGUCCUCAGACUCGGAUGCGAGUGGCCUGAUCGGUCGAGUCGAGCGGCUCUUUCUAACAGCGGAUCCUGAUUGGCUGCUCUCUCUGGACCCGUCCAAUGAGGAGGGCGGGGGGGCGGAGCUUUGGUCUGCAUACAGGUCUCUGAUUGACGCUCUAAUUGGUCGAGCAGCUCUGCCGCUCUGCGAGGACGACUGCGGCUCCCUGACGCCUGCAGCCUAUCAGGGCGUCCCAGCCCGAGCCGUCCCGGUCUGCUCGGCCCUCAGGGCGCUGCUGGGAACUCUGGGAAACGGUGACAGGACCGGUCUGCUGCUGACGGCGGCUCCACCUGUGUGUGUGUUCGCUGUGACGCAUUUCCAGGACCAGGCGUGGACCAACUCCUCCUCCAGGGCGGCGGCGCAGAGCCUGCAGGAGGCGCUGCUGCGGGCGGGCAGCUGGCGAGACUCUGCCCAACUCCUGAUGGGGGAUGGGAGUCAGGACGAGGAGGGGGAGGAGGGAGGGAGGAGCAGAGGGAUUCUGGGAGGAGUCCUGGACGUCCUGCAGCCUCAACUCACCAAGGACUCAUGGCAGCGUUGUGAAGCAGUGAAGCUGGUGUUUGCAUGGACUCUCCUGCAGGUGACUCGCCCCUCUCUCUCCCCUCACCUGCCUCGCCUCCUCCCCCCCUCCCUCCUCCUCAGUGACCACUACAGACCAGAGAACUGCAUGCUGGGAGUUCGCUGUCUGCACCACAUCGUACUCAACACGCCUGCUGCUGAUCUCCGUCAGUUCAACAGAGCAGAAGUCGUCUAUCAAGCGUUAUUCAAACACCUGUACACCACAGAGGCUGCUGUCAUACAGCUGGUCCUGUCCUGUCUGCUGGACCUGCUGUUGGUCUUGGAGAAACCCCCCUCCUCGCUCGGCCCCUCCUCCGCCCACAGGAAGCCCUGUCGCCACGACGACGUGCUGCGUCUGGUCCUGACUCACAUGGAGGCGGAGCACAAAGUGGCGCUGCGACGAGUCUACGCCUCCGCCCUGCCAGGUUACAUAGACAGGAUGGGAGUGGCAGUGUGCAGACACCUGCGGCGGGUGGAGCGGGUGGUGCUGGGAUACCUGGAGAUCAGAGAUCCACCUGAAGAGACGAACAGACUGAGAAUCCUGGAGGUCCUGGAGAAAACCACCAGAGCAGCCUGGCCACGGAUGGGCUGUCGAGUCAACGCGUUGCUGUGUCGCCUGUUGCGGUUGCUGGUUGAUGUUUGCUCGGACUCUGAUCUCAGUGAUUCCGUCCGACAGCAGCUGAUGGAUCGAACCGCGCUCUGCGUCAAACUGCUGGACGCCUGCUUGCACGGAAAACUACAGCCUCUCCUCCGGCAGGUCGACAGCAGCUGUUGCAGCCCCGACGUGCUCGCCUGCCUGGCGACUGUAACCGUGACGACAGAGAGGUGACGCACACCUGGAGCACCUGGCAGUUGGACUGUGACGGAGUGAAGCUGCUGUCUGCAGACGAAUCAGAGCAGAGGUUGGAGAUUCUGCUGAUGUUGGUGUUUGGGACAUUUGAAGCUGCACGAGAGAGAAUUUCAAAAUAAAAGUCUGGUGUUGUACUUCCUGUCAUCAAAGCUGGUGUUCAGUGCGUCUCUCAGCAGCUUCCUGUUGGUGUUUCUCUGCUCUGAGGUUCCUGCUGAAUCAGAAUCAGUGUCUGAGGUUUAAUGACGAGAAGAAAACUGAAGAGACAAACUGAUGAAUCAGAGUCGGACACAAACUUUAACUGAUGAAUAUCAUCAUCUUUCACUUCCACAUCAGCUGCAUCAUAAACAUAAUAACAUCACUUCAUGUUCAGCUCCGUGUUUAAAGCUGCUGUAUAAAUGGAUAAGUUCAAACUCUAUAAAUAUAAAAUGAGCUGCCGUCUGACUAAUCAGUUAAAUAAUUAAUGAACUGGUGACUUGUUGCAGUGAUGAAUUUGUGGAGAGAUUAAAGGCCUGAGUCUGCA